AUGCAGCUACCGUCACAGGACCUGGUGACCCACAGAUGUCAGCACAAGCCGCACCCCCAGUGGUCCGCCUCCUGGCUCCUCUUCUCCUUCUCCUUGCAGGGCAGGGGCCUCCAUCCAGAGCUCUGCAUCCCAGGGGUCAAGGAGGGAGACUUUGGGCUCUGCUGGUGUGAGGUGGCCCCUGAGGGUGGCCAGGUCCAGAAACACCCCUGGCUGGAAAUCAGGGCACAGGCUCCCGUGUCCCAAUCUGUGCUCACUCUGUGCUGACCCGCUGACCCUGCCAAGGGAGAUGAGGCAAAGCUCCCAUACAGCCAGAGGGGCUCCCCUCCAACCCUGUACUCAUCCUACCUUGGCCAGGAGGAGAUCCUGGGAAUACACUCAGCCCUGAGAGCUGGGACUGCCUCCCCCUUCCCAGAGAAGUCAGAGCAGGACUCAGAGAGCUACUCCUGCAAGAGUGAGAACAGUGUCAGAGACAGGAGUAAGUUCAAGAAGCAUUCACUGAAAAAUGCGUUGCCAGCAGGCUGGCAAGGGGGAAAUGCUCUCUUUUCCUACCUGUCUACGGUAGAAGUGAUUGCUGUCAUCGACCUCAAAAGGUAG